AUGUCAUCCCAUACUCGGAACAACCCCACCAUUUGCUUCGCAUCAAGCUUGGAUCAUGCACUGCAAAACCCUGCUGAGUUACUUGAAGGCACCUCUCAUCUUAAUUCAACCCCUGUCUCGCUGAAAGAUGGAUGGAUAAUAGGAGCCUAUGGUCGGCUGCUUUUCUGGGUACCGCCCGCUUCCCGAGGCCAACCAUUUCAUUAUCUUGGGACUACAUUGAUGAUACCCGGUGGGCUAGAGAUUGAUUUGAGUCGCAUGGCUCAUGGAGAAGACUGGUCGAAUUGCUGA